AUGUACGGCGAGCUAGGAAAUAAAUUGGUUCAACAUGCAAAACGGACCCAAUCUCUCGCCCAUCUUCCUCCGUAUCAGACUGAAUUUGUCCGUGCCGUGACUAGAGAAGUGCGGGAUCUCGACAAAGAUGCCUCAGUAACACUCAGUCAACUCGGUACUGGAUUCACUCCUUCUGCCGACCCUGCGACUGCGUGUGCUCUCUUGGUGAAUCAUCUUUCUAUGCGACGGAAUAAACGUUGUCUGCUGGCAUAUCACCGUGUUCGAUCAAAUAAGCUGGAAGAGAUGUGCUGGAACGGUAUGGACAUUCUUGAGCAGCAGCAGCAAUCGCAACAAAAUCGCGGAGGAAAUAAUCAUGGAAGUGCGGAGACUACCCUUUUGGCUGGCGAGUCAGCCGGUGUGAAUUCGCUGAGUCCAGAAGAGGAAGAAUUCGUAAGGCAAUACAGCGAUCUUCUCGCUGCAUACAAAGGACAGUGGACAGACAUUGACCUGACUGGGAGCCUGGAGCCGCCCCGUGAUUUAUUUAUUGAUGUCAGGGUGCUCAAAGAUGCUGGUGAGAUACAGACCGAGUAUGGCUCUAUAAAUUUGACGAAAAACAGCCAAUUUUUCGUUAAACAGGGCGAUGUGGAACGUUUAAUCGCACAGGGUUUCUUGCAGCGCCUGAGCUGAGACCUGGCUUGCCUAAACGGGAUGAUUUGGCGUUCAUAGGGUUUUCACAUUCAUAUACCACGCAUAAACGCAUUCUUUUUCAGGGACGUCAUGUUUGUCUCAUUACCGAUCGCGUAUAAUGACUCUACGGAGUUAAAUUUGGAGGGAAUUUGAUAGAAAAUGAAACAGAGCGAGUUGAAUAUGCUGGGUAAAAAUGGAGCAAUGAUGAAUUGAAUUGAAUUGCAGAAUUGCUCAAGAUGCAGGAACCUCUUCUUCGGACGUGACGUUCGUCGUAAUCGAGGCUUCAAGUUCAAGAGCAAAGUAGGUGCCAAUGUGACAGGCAGAACCACACAGACAGGGACUUCGUGCUACGUGCUUGCGCAUGAAGAGAUGCAGG